GAAGGAAAGUCUUCGGACCUUUCCAAAAAGGGAACGAAACGAAAAGACCACUAAAAUCUGCCAUUUCCCCAAUUCCUUCAUUCUAAGACUAAUUCAAAAGUCUUGGUCUUUCCUCCAUCAAUUCACGCAUUAAGCCCCUUCUGUAUUUUCUCCGCAAGCCAGAUUUCAAUGGCGGAAUCGCCGUUGGAACCACAAAUGGGCUCCGAACUUGAAUCGCUGGCCAUUCCACCAAUGGAUCCGUUGUAUCUCUCCUCAGAUCUAGGGUUUCCUCUCGACGAAAACGAUGAUUUCCAGCUUACCUUCGACGAUUUCGACGAAUUGUACUUCCCUUCCGAUUCCGACCAUCUCAUCAUGCCCGAUUCUUCCGGCGCACCCGCUUUCACAUCCGAAUCGUACGUGGAAAGGUACCUCAAUUCUUCCUCCCCGGGACUUGACAGUUUCAGCGGCCCCAAUUCUUCCGGCAACUCCCAUUCUCCUAUCUCCUCUCUAGGCUCCGGAAAUUGUGGUUCGGCCGUUUCCGAUGACACGAAUGUUACAUCGCCGGAUUCUGGGAAUAACAUGGAUCAAAAGAUUGAUGUUGAAGAAUUGGGGAAAAGGCGAGUGUCUAAAAGAAAGAAAGGUAAUGAAGAAACUGAUUCCAUCAAGUGUAGAAGAUCAUCAUCGCUGCUGACUGACAAUUAUAAAUCCAACUCUGAUAAUAAGUUAAAUUCUCUGAGCGAAGAGGAGGAGAAAAGGAAGGCCAGGCUCCUGAGGAACAGAGAGAGUGCGCAGCUAUCAAGGCAGCGGAAGAAGCAUUACGUGGAAGAGCUGGAAGACAAGGUCAGAACAAUGCAUUCUACGAUUACCGACUUGAAUAAUAAGAUAGCCUUUUUUAUGGCUGAAAAUGCUACCUUGAGACAGCAAUUAAGUACCGGUGGUGCUGGUGGUGGAAGCGCUGGAAUGUGCCCUCCGCAGCCAGUGCCUUUGCCGAUGUAUCCACCAGUCGCAUACCCUUGGAUGCCCUGUGGUCCGCCGUAUAUGAUGAAGCCUCCUGGGUCUCAGGUGCCAUUGAUACCUAUUCCUAGGUUGAAAACACAGCAACAAUCAAGGCCAGCUUCCAAAGCUAAAAAGAAUGAGAGCAAAACUAAGAAGGUUGCUAGUGUUAGUGUUCUGGGAAUGUUGUUUUUCAUAUUAUUGUUUAGUGGUUUGGUCCCCAUUAUGAACGUAAGAUACGAUAAUACCCCUGUUGGAUCUGGGCCUGGUUUUGUUGGAGAUGGGUUUUACGAGGUGCAUCGUGGGAGAGUUUUGAGAGUUGAUAGUCAUUUAAAUAGAUCUAAGUAUAGUAGGGAUGCAGCAUUUUCUUACGGUGAUUUUAACAUUAGCAAUAGAGUUCAUGGUAGACGCUCAGAGUCUGGUGGUGAGCGCAAAGAGACUGGUGCACAAAGUGCACCUGAUUAUAUAAAAAAUGUUAGUGAGCCUCUCACUGCUUCGUUAUAUGUACCGAGAAAUGAUAAGCUUGUGAAAAUUGAUGGCAAUCUGAUAAUUCAUUCAGUUCUAGCCAGUGAGAAAGCUUUGGCCUCACAUAAGGCUUCUGAAAGAAAGAAUAAGGAGACAGGUUUGGCCAUUCCUAAGAAUUUCUCUCCAGCACUGGCCAUUCCUAAUGCCAGAGAGAAUGGAGGAAAGCAUUCACGUGAAUAUAGAAAUCCUGCAGAAAGACCGAUGGCUCUUUCUUCAGGCUCUGCUGAUGCUUUGAAGGACCAUAUCAGGUCAACUGCUGCCGAUGGUAAGAUGCAGCAGUGGUUCCGGGAAGGAGUGGCAGGACCGAUGUUGAGUUCGGGCAUGUGCACCGAAGUGUUCCAGUUUGAUGCCUCUGCUCCGGGAGCCAUUGUUCCAGCAUCCUCAGUUACCACUGAAUCUGCCAAAAAUCGUCAGAAUGCUACCCAGCUUAACAAGGGUAGAAACAGAAGGAUUCUCCAUGGUCAUCCUGUUCCUCUCUCUCGAUCUGAUCUGAACAUAACCCAGGAGCAUGUUGGAAGAAAUUCCGGAAAGCAAAAUCUUCAAGGUAACAAAACAGCUUCUUCUAUGGUAGUUUCUGUGCUUAUUGAUCCCAGAGAGGCUGGUGAUGGCGAUAUGGAUGACAUGAUUGUACCAAAAUCGCUCUCUCGGAUCUUUGUUGUUGUGCUCUUAGAUAGCGUCAAGUAUGUUACGUAUUCUUGUGGGCUUCCGAGAUCUGGUCUUCAUCUGGUGACUGCUUAAAGGGAUAAGAGAAAAAGGACUGCUACUUCGGCUUGUAGUGUUUAUAUAUAUAUUUAUAUAUAUAAUGGUAUAAGUAAUUAUUAGAUAUAGUGGCUAGGAACAACUUCUAUAACAGUUUAACCUCUAUGUACUUUUGGAUUUGUGUUCUUCAAUAUCCAUAACCUUUUGGCUUUCCUGCU